CGCCGCGCCUAGGGACUGCUCCUCCUCUUCUCCGCCCCGCCGGCCGCGGGCGCGGGGGAAGUCUGCGCUGCCAGCGUGGAAACCGCGGCGGGCCGCGGGAGGCGGAAGUAGUACCCAGGACUGCCAGGCCACCACCGGACUCCGCCACCCGCCUCAACCAUGGAGGCGUCCCUGGAGAAGAUAGCAGAUCCCACAUUAGCUGAAAUGGGAAAAAACUUGAAGGAGGCAAUGAAGAUGCUAGAGGACAGUCAGAGAAGAACAGAGGAAGCAAAUGGAAACAAGGUCAAAUCAGGGGAUAUUCCAGGACCACUCCAGGGCAGUGGACAAGAUAUGGUGAGCAUCCUCCAGCUAGUUCAGAAUCUGAUGCAUGGAGAUGAAGAUGAGGAACCCCAAAGUGCCCGAGUCCAGAGUAUUGGAGAACAAGGUCACAUGGCUUUGUUGGGGCAUAGUUUGGGAGCUUAUAUUUCAACUCUGGACAAAGAGAAGCUAAGAAAACUUACAACUAGGAUACUUUCAGAUACCACCUUAUGGCUAUGCAGAAUUUUCAGGUAUGAAAAUGGCUGUGCUUAUUUCCAUGAAGAAGAAAGAGAAGGACUUGCGAAGAUCUGUAGACUUGCCAUUCAUUCUCAUUAUGAAGACUUUGUAGUGGAUGGAUUCAACGUGUUAUAUAACAAAAAACCUGUAAUAUAUCUUAGUGCUGCUGCUAGACCUGGCCUGGGCCAGUACCUUUGUAAUCAGCUUGGCUUGCCCUUUCCCUGCUUGUGUCGUGUGCCCUGUAACACCAUGUUUGGAUCCCAGCAUCAGAUGGAUGUGGCAUUCCUGGAGAAACUGAUUAAAGAUGACAUAGAACGAGGAAGACUGCCCCUGUUGCUUGUUGCAAAUGCUGGAACUGCAGCAGUAGGACACACAGACAAGAUUGGACGAUUGAAAGAACUCUGUGAGCAGUAUGGCAUAUGGCUUCACGUGGAGGGUGUGAAUCUGGCAACAUUGGCUCUAGGUUAUGUCUCCUCAUCAGUGCUGGCUGCAACCAAAUGUGAUAGCAUGACAAUGACUCCUGGCCCGUGGCUGGGUUUGCCAGCUGUUCCUGCAGUGACUCUCUAUAAACAUGAUGAUCCUGCCUUGACUUUAGUUGCCGGUCUUACAUCAAAUAAGCCAGCAGACAAACUUCGUGCCCUGCCACUGUGGUUAUCUUUACAAUACUUGGGACUUGAUGGGAUUGUGGAGAGAAUAAAGCAUGCCUGCCAACUGAGUCAACGAUUGCAGGAAAGUUUGAAGAAAGUGAACCACAUCAAAAUCUUGGUGGAAGAUGAACUCAGCUCUCCAGUAGUGGUGUUCAGAUUUUUCCAGGAGUUAACAAGCUCAGUGUCAGAUCCAACAUUUAAAGCUGUCUCAGCACCCAACAUGGCACCUUCAACAGUCAGCCGGGAGAGACACUCUUGUGAUGCGCUGAAUCGCUGGCUGGGAGAACAGCUGAAACAGCUGGUGCCUCUGAGUGGCCUCACUGUCAUGGAUCUGGAAGUGGAGGGCACAUGUAUGCGGUUCAACCCUUUGAUGACAGCAGCAGGUUUAGGAACCCGGGCAGAGGAUGUGGAUCAGCUGGUAGCCUAUAUACAGAGCAAGCUGCCGGUUCUGAGCUGUACACUGCAGCUGCGAGAGGAGUUCAAACAGGAAGUGGAAGGAACAGCAGGUCUCUUAUAUGUUGAUGACCCUAACUGGCCUGGAAUAGGGGUUGUCAGGUAUGAACAUGCUAAUGAUGAUAAGAACAGUUUGAAAUCAGAUCCUGAAGGGGAAAAGAUCCAUGCUGGACUCCUGAAAAAGUUAAAUGAAUUGGAAUCUGACCUUACAUUCAAAAUGGGCCCCGAAUAUAAAAGUAUGAAGAGUUGUCUUUACAUUGGUAUGGCAAGCGAAGACGUAGACAUUUCUGAACUUGUGGAGACCAUUGUAGUCACAACCCGGGAAAUUGAGGAAAACUCAAGGCUUCUGGAAAACAUGACUGAAGUUGUUCGGAAAGGAAUUCAGGAAGCUCAAGUUGAACUGCAGAAGGCAAAUGAGGAACGGCUUCUGGAAGAGGGAGUGUUACGGCAGAUACCCGUGGUAGGCUCUGUGCUGAAUUGGUUUUCUCCAGUACAAGCUUUACAGAAAGGAAGAACUUUUAACUUAACAGAAGGCUCUCUGGUAUCCACAGAACCCAUAUAUGUCUACAAAGCACAAGGCUCGGGAGUAACGCCACCUCCAACCCCCUCAGGCAGUCGCCCUAAACAGAGACUUCCAGGCCAGAAGCCUUUUAAAAGGUCCCUGAGGGGUUCAGAUGCUUUGAGUGAGACCAGCUCAGUCAGUCACAUUGAAGACUUAGAAAAGGCCGAGUACCUGUCCAGUGGGCUGGAGCACAACACCUUCGAGUCCAGCAGCCCUGAGGGACACCCAGGGGCACCCACCCCACAGAAGGCUGACAAGACUGAGGUCCUCCAGAAGAAGGCCGAGCACCCAGAAGAUGACCCCCCACAGAUGGGGAAACCAGGGUCCAGAGAUUUAAGACUUACCCAACCUGUAAAUUCUCACCUCUAGUAUUUCUUUAUCAUCUUGCUGCAACCAGAAAUCCACAUGAGGAAAUGGCAUCCAGGAAUACGGUCCUAUCUGAAGUUGUUCUGUCUUUGCAUCGUAAAUGCUAAUC